AUGAAGACUAUGGUGACGCCAUUGACAAGAGUCUCCACAUUUUUUCGCCCAAAUUCCCAUAAUGCCCUUCCCUUCUCCCCCAAACCACGCAACCUUUCCUUACCAAACUUCUUCACCUUCACCUCUCCCUCUCUUUCAAUGGCCGCUUCUUCUCAAUCCACUGCUCCGGUUGCGUCCUCUGGUGAUGUUAACGUAGAAAAAGAUGACAUCUUUCAAUUAAUUCUAGCUCAUCAGGAAAAAGCCGCGAGACUUCCUCCACUUGAAGAAAUUCGAACUGUCCUUGAUCGUAGUGUACGUGGGACGCUCUCAACCUUUUCAAAGAAGUAUGAUGGUUAUCCAUCAGGGUCUAUGGUUGACUUUGCAUGUGAUGCAAAUGGAUGUCUUAUAUUAGCAGUGAGCGACUUGGCUGUUCAUUCAAAGGACUUAGCUGCUAAUCCUAAAUGUUCAGUGCUUGUGGCUAGAGAUCCUGAAGAUAGGACUGAUUUGGUGAUCACUUUCCAUGGCGACGCUAUCUUUGUACCUGAAAAGGAUAAUAAGGCGAUACGAGCUGCAUAUUUGGCAAGACAUCCCAACGCAUUUUGGGUUGACUUUGGAGACUUCCGAUUUGUACGCAUUGAGCCAAAAGUUGUACGAUUCGUGUCAGGUGUUGCUACAGCUUUGUUAGGAUCAGGAGAGUUUAGUGGAGAUGAGUUCAAAUCUGCAAAAGUUGAUCCCAUAUCUCAGUUUUCCAAGCCAGUAGCGUCGCAUAUGAACAAAGAUCAUGGUGAAGAUACUAAAAUGAUUGUGCAGCACUGGACCUCAGUUCCGGUGGACUUUGCGGACAUACUAGAUUUGGAUCGUCUAGGUUUCAAUGUUAAGGCUGGUUACGAGGGAGAUACUUUCAAGCUCCGGGUACCUUUUCCUCGACCUGCAGAAGAUAGAAAGGAUGUGAAGACUCUCAUUGUUGAGAUGCUCCAAGCGGCUAAGCCUCAAGUUUGA